AUGGCGAACAGGAAUGCCGUUGCUCCGGAUGAGCCUCAGCUGGACUUGACCCCCUUUGCAGAAGCUCCCUGGCUCCUGGGUGUACCCUCGCCCUUCUACACAGACUCACAUCGAGCAUGGCAAAAAGCAUGCCGUGCCUUCAUCAACAAACAUCUGAGUGAGCAUGGCUUGCGCUGGGUCAAAGAAGGCGCUGUGCCAGUCGAUUUGCAUCGCACCUUUGCCAAGGCGGGAAUGCUCAUCCCUUGCUUGCCAGCACCACUCCCGCUUCAGCGUCUAAAGAAUCUGGGCAUCCACGAGCUGCUCGGGGUCCUGAAGCUGGAGGACUAUGACUACUUUCAUUUUUUGAUCUACGUCGCCGAGCUCUACCGAUGCGGUCUUUGGGGCCCAGCGGGAACUAUUGUUCCUGGAAUGUCUUUCGGAACGCCUCCAAUUCUGCAUUAUGGAAGUCAGGAGCUGCAGGACAGACUCCUCCCGGGCCUGCUGACAGGUACAACUAGAACCUGCAUCGCCGUCACGGAGCCUGGCGCCGGUUCGGAUGUGGCCAAUAUUGAGACAACAGCCACCCUGGUCCAAGAAGGAAAAUACUAUAAAGUUGAUGGCUCCAAGAAAUGGAUUUCCACCGGCAUCUGGGCGGACUAUGCGACGACCGCGGUACGCACGGGGGGGCCCGGCCCUUCCGGCAUCUCCAUCCUCGUGAUCCCUUUGAAGGAUACGCCAGGGGUGACCUGCAGAUCUAUGGACAUAUCUAUUGGCAAAAUGGCCGGCACCACCUUUAUCGACUUUGACAACGUUCUGGUCCCCGCUACUAACCUCGUAGGCGAGGAAGGACAUGGCCUCCGGUAUAUCUUGACUAACUUCAACCACGAGCGCCUCAGUCUAGUUAUCAGCGCUAUUGUACAGGCGCGCAAAGUGCUCAGCACAGCCUUUGCCUACACUAGCCGCCGUGAAGCUUUUGGCAAACGACUCAUCGACCAGCCUGUCGUUCGACAUCGCCUGGCCAAGGCAGGUGCUGCCUUGGAAGCGGAAUGGUCGCGCACGGAGCAGCUCACUUACGCCAUGAAUAAUCUGAGCAAACCCGACGCUGAUGCUCUCCUGGGUGGCCAGAUUGCUAUGGCCAAGGUCGGGGCUGGCAAAGUGCUCGAGAAGUGCGUGAGCCAUGCUCAGGUCUUGUUGGGUGGAAAUAGCGUCACUCGGACCGGGCAGGGUGAACUGGUUGAAGUCAUAUCUCGCGAGGUCGGCCUGACACGAGUGCCUGGGGGGUCCGAAGACAUCUUAUUGGAUCUAGCCAUUCGUGAGCUGGCUAAACAAUGGGAGCGCAAACUGAAACGGGGCGUCCAACUUUGA